CUCAAAUCCUAUCUCAUAGCCUCCUGGUAUGUGAACUAAUAACUGUAGCGACCCUGAAGCUGCUGAUGUCCUAUACGAAAGGACCACUUUUGUCUUUACCCAUCUUGCAGUCAUUUAGAAAUUUACAUCCAAGGCUGAGCCCAAUCUUUGGGAGACUAUUCGCAAUGUAUUCCUUGCUCUGGAUUUUCUACACCACGAGGUUUUCCCCAAGUGCGAAUCGCAUUUCCCUCGUCGCAUGGAAUCCGACAAAAUAACUACUGGAGAUGGUGUCAGAGUUUACAUCCCAUAUGUGCGUAUAGGCUGGUGUAGUCCGCGGUGGCGAA